AGAAAAUUCAAAUCAAUAUGCAAGACUUGUACAGCGUGAAGGAAGAAGAUGAAGAGAACUGUGACGAGAGCAGGACUUAUAGUGCCAAGAAUAAGAGAUCCUCCGAGUUCUCGUCGAUCACUAGUUCAUUAGAGUUUAGUCAGAAUAAUUCCCAAUUGGUGUUCUUUUAUUUUACAGAGAGUGAAGAGGAACCUAACGGAAAUCCUCCAAAUCUGAACUUGCAUAUGGAAAGUAAGAUAUGUGAGUUUUCAAGGGAAGAGCUGAUCUCAAUGCAUAUUGAGAAGGAGUAUUCCUUUGUCUUGACUUCUAAGAACGAGGUAUUGCUUAUAGGUAAUUUUGCAUCAAUGUUGAACUUGCCAGAUAAUGCAAAACCUGAGUUCCUAAAGCUUCCAUUUCUGCAUCAGAUGAAAAUUGUGAAAAUUGCUUGUUCUGGAAAUUGAGCUCUUUUUCUUUCAGAACAAGGAUCCCUAUACUCUUGGGGAAAGGAUGAGGAGCAUCUAGGCCUUCUCGGAAUCGAAAAUGAGUACCACCAAUCAACCCCUUCUGCUAUAAAAGCAUUGAAAGGCAUAGAGAUCAAGGAUAUUUCUCUCGGAACAACUCAUGCUUCUGCAAUUGACUCUGAAGGAAAGUUAUACACCUGGGGAUAUGGUGAAGGAGGAAUUUUAGGCCACGGUGAAGAUGUAAAUCAGCUUGAUGUUCCCACUAAAGUCGAUACUUACUCCCAUUUCACCAUCAUCAAGACCACUUGCUCUGCUAACUCCACCCUAUUCCUUACGGACAAGAACAUUUUCUGUUGCUUGACUAACGCUUCAAAAACUGGGGCUUCCCAGAAUUCUCAAUUUCUUUCAAUACAUUCAAAAGCAGAUUUGGGAAAUAGCCUAGUUGGAAUUUAAGAAGGGAACUAGGCAGAAAAGGGAGGAAGUAAGCUCAGGAGAGUAUGGAUUUGAGUUUUCAGAGCCUUUUGAGGGGGUAGAUCGGAGAGUUGGAAUAGAGGUAGACGUCUUGGGGUUGCUGUGGCUUGAGAGUUGUUUUGUAUCAGUUCUAUCCUAUGCUGCAAAUGCGACCAGUACAUGAUUGUUAACUAAAGAUGCUUUACUAUUGUUAGAUUCUUCUAGAACCUUAUUCCAGCUUGACCAGAUCUUCAGUACAAAGGAAGGUCCACCAGAAAACACAACUAUAUUUGGCUUCCAGUCCUCAUUUAUAUUAUUCACAGAAGACAAGAUGAUACAGAAAGUCCACUCAAAAGAGCUUAGACCCCCCAUCCAAAAAACACCUCUAGAUCACUCCCCAGACAAAUCCUGCUCAGAUUCCUUCUAAAAUCCCCCAAAAUUUCCAAAAAUCCGAAAUUUCCCACUACCUUCUAAUCCACUACGAUCUCUCCUCUGCUCAAUGCCGUAAGACAGUUUAUUCCUUAUCAGAACCCCUGUCUCCUCUCAGUACGCCCAACGAAGUCUUCCUGGCUCUCAACAGGAUUCCCUUCUUGAUCAGCAACGAUAAUUAUCUUCAUAUUAAGAAACAGAGUUCAUACCUGAUCACACCUAUGAAGGUUGAUAUGAAGUUGUGGAAGUAUGUAGACAGGAGACAUCAGAGAUAGAUAAGUCUUACAGAAGACAUAAUCCUCUUAUCCUAGAAGAAUUAAAAAUCGAACCAUCAA